AUGUCCCAUCGCCCUCCUGGCGGCGGAGGGCAACCGCCGGGUCGGCCUGCCACUGGUAGCGGGUUCGGCUUCGGAAUUCCCGCAGGGGUUCCCAGCGCUAGUCAAGGUUUCAACAUGAUGAGGACGCAGCUGAUGAUUUCGACGCAAAACACAGGUAUGGAAAUACCCACUAACGGCUUCGGAGGGGGAGUACCGCAGAGCUCGAUAGCGAAUGCCCAAGUGAAUGCUCAACUUGUUGGAGGUGGACAGCACCAGCAAACGAACAACAGGUAUAAUAAUCAGCAGCAAGAGCCACGCCCUGGCCAAUUCUACAACCCGCAAGCCACGGUAAGUCAACAUCAACCACAAGACCUUAUGAAUCAUCAGCAGCAAAAUCGGAUCCCAGCAAUACCGCAGCGCGAUGUGCUGAAUCAGCAGCCCAGACAACAUCAGUCUCAUCAGUCGUCAAUGAUACAGCAGCAACAACAACACGCGCUACCGCAAGGAUUCACGCCAGCAUCGGCGCAACAAUCCGCAGUGCUUGGCCAAGGUUUUGCGCACCCUCAAUCAGUAGCCAUAAGUGCCUCCAGCUCUGCAAGCGCUCACGCAUACCAGCGGCAGCCUAAUUUUAUGGCAUCUCAAUUUGGUUCAAGUUCGAACGUGGUCCCAUGCGGGUUUGGGAAUCAUACGAUGGGAGUUCAGCAAGCGGGUAGUGUCAAACAGGACAUCGCAGCAAGCAAUAUUCCAGCUGGUGCUGACUCUCAACAUAGCGGUAUGCAUUUGAGUACUAGCGUUUCACACCCGCACGGCGCGCAUCAGUCUCAUCAAGCCCAGCUGCAAAGAUCGAGCACAGGAGGCCACCAGCAGCAACAUGAUCAGCAAAACGUAGCACUGCCGAGCGCUUCUGGUUUAGGGAUGAAUCCAUCACAGCAGCACAUGGGCGGAUUUCCAGCGGUGGAGCCAGGAAUAGGAGCGCCAGGCGUGCCAGGAUCCCAGGGGCAGGCCUCCAGUGGACCACCUGUUGGUGAG